GCCGAGCAUGAGCCGUCCCGCCCGGAGCCGGUAAGAGCAGCUCGCGGACAUGUCUCACCCGCAGCGGCUCGUGCAGCUCUCCGCCGCCUCGCUCGCGGUGGUCUUCGGCCCGGACGACGAGAGUUUGCGCGCCUGCGGGGGGAAGUUCAACGCGAACGCCACGAGCGGUCAGGAGGUUUUUGCGGACUUCAAGGCGCAAAAUCUGCGCAGUUUCUGGAACCGGAGGCUGGUGAAGGCCGUGGCUGAAGUGUACUUCCAGGGAUGGAUGGAAAACUUGGUGCUCUUCAUUCAUGGGAACGCGAACAACCUGGAGGUGCUGAGGGAAGCGUGGAUGCGCAGAGCUCUGCGCUCACCCAAAGGAUUUAUCAUCAAGGCUGUCGGUGACCUGUCUCCGGUGCAGAUGUCUCCCGUCCCUCAGUCCCAGUUCAUCCCCUUGGCAGAGGUGUUGUGCUCGGUCAUCUCAGAUAUGAAUUCAUCUCAAAUCACUGUCAACCAGGAAGCACUUAUCAAUUACAUGAGCAAAGCCCAUCCAGGGAUAACUAUCCCAACUCAGGACAUCCUCUACAACGCUCUUGGGACUUUGAUCAAAGAGCGCAAGAUUUACCACACGGGCGAAGGGUACUUCAUCGUUACGCCUCAGACCUAUUUCAUCACCAACAACAUGGUCCGAGAAAAGAGCUGGUGGACCUCCGGUUCAGCAGACGACCCGCCUUUGCCUCCUCCAAUCACCUACCUACUGAGCAACGAUGUCUGUGUUGAGGCCAAUCAGACAGUCCCAGUUGCCCACUGCAUGUCCUGCAGCUGCUUCGGUCCUCUCCAAAUGUCCACCAACAUCGCUUCCACUACUGUCGCCACCACCGUCCCUCCCUCCACCGUCCCAGACCAGCACUCUCUCUCCGUUUCUGUAAGUGAAUGCACAGGAAAGAGCCUGAAGUGGCCACGACCAUCAGACCACAAACCCACAUUUCAGCAUCAGUCCACCUCCACUGCCGCAGACUGUCAGGCAAGUGAGAUCAGUAAAACUACCGGCACCACUAAUGCCACGGGUCGGAAGGAAAAAGACAAACCAGGAAGAAAGUUUGGUCUCAAUUUGUUCAGGAGGAAUGGAGUCAAAAAGGAAAAACCGAAGAAGGAAUAUGCAACAUUUUCCGGCCAGUUUCCCCCAGAGGAGUGGCCAGUAAGAGACGAAGACGACUUGAACAACUUACCCCGCGACCUUGAGCAUGCUAUAAUCAAACGCAUCAACCCUGAACUGACCGUAGACAACCUGACACGACACACGGUCCUUAUGAAGAAGUUAGAGGAGAGAAAAGAGAGAACAACGGACAAAGUGUUGGACAUUGUUCUGAAUAAAGAUGAUAAGGGAGUUGACAAGGGAAUGUCUACCGAGUUACUCGCAUAUUCAAAACCAAGGCAUCAUCAUUCGUCCAAAGCGGGAGGAGGGAAAAGAUCAGCUCAGAAGGCCUCUCGCAGCAAAAGGAAGGCACACUCAUCCAGAGAGAAGCAGAGAGAAAGAGAGAAGGAGGGAAUGAAGAGCAAGGGCCCAGUAUGUGUAGACGCUCAUCUUGACGGGGAGGAUUUGAUCCCGACUCGGCUCAAGGUGGAUACCCCUGUUGAUGAACCAGAUCGAGUAAAAGAAGUUGAAGCUGUUGAGGAAAAAUCUCUUUAUAAGAAACGCAUUGAAAACCCUUUCCAGAUCCAUCCAGUCAAAGAAGCUGAGAUCACAAGUCCCACCACCAGAGAACUUAGGAGACAAGAGGGGAAAGAGGAUAAGCCUCUUGGACUGAGCAAGAAGGAACGGUCGACUCACCGCUCCAAGUCAUGGGACCCACAUCGGGCCAAAACGGUCGUAACAGACGGAGAGAGCGCUGUGAAGUUUCCACCGUGUGGGAAUGGCUAUGACUACACCCACGAGAGGGACUUUGCCGUCGAUGGGCUUCUUCAACCAGAUGUAAAGCCCAACAGAGAGCUGCCUCUGGAUUACAGCUCAGCCUACCCUCAGAGCAGUACGCUCCGGAUAGACGACAAAGUCCGACACCAGAGAGGGGGAAAUGGCAGGGAGAGCUGGGAGCGAGACAGGCCUUUUGAGGAUGUGCAGAAGUACAACAAUGUGCCACACCACGGCAGUCAGAAUAUAACCGACGAUCGUGCCAACAUGCAGCAGUACUCCAAUGCUAAUACAGUUCUCCCUACCAAUCUCUAUGAGUCUGUCAUGAACCAGUCACAUGAACCAAAUCUGCCCCGGUCCAAACCGUCUUUACAGCGGAAACAUUCUCUCAGGCUCUCCAACACUCAAAGGGAUGACAGUCAGAGGCCUGAUGGGCUCUAUGGAGCAGUAACCACGCAGGAGCAGCAGGAGGUAAAAACUGCACCCAUCAAUAACAGAGUACAGGAUGGCAUGAGCCAGGGAGAAAUGAUGGAACUGAUGUCCGACAGCACUCCUUUGAUAACAGACGCUGACGGCUUUACAGAGGAUGACUACAGGUUUUAUCAGAGAGCGGCUGAGCAAGAGGAUGACGAUGUCUGCAGCUCCUUGUGUCUCAAUGACGAGAUUAUUGAUGCCCCAAUUGACUAUCGAACAGGUUCUCCGGAAUAUCUCGGCCACCAGCUGGAUUACCAGAACCAUCAAUCAGAUCUGCAAUUUCAGGGACCUCUUAGUCACUAUUACAAGUCAGGCUUUAACCAACCACAAGUCACCUUAAUUGAAGAUUUAGCGACCAACACAGUGAACAAUCGAAUUCCCCCUCCAACCCAGAGAGAAAUGUCCCUCAGCUCCAUGAAGUCAGAAGACAAAAGCUGGAAAGUCCAUCAUCACCAUCAGACGACUAAAUCAACAAACAGCCAGUUUGAAACAAGCCCAAGACAAGGUGCAUCCAUUAAGGAAGAAAGGCAUCUUGAGGGAAAUCUUGAUUUGGACUCCUCGGACAUGUGUGAAGCUGCAGACAGCAGCAUCUUCGAUUACUGUCAGACCAGUGAGGUGGAGUCCGACACUGAAACCGUCCGCAAGUCAGCUGACGAGGGCGAUGGCGAGUCUGCUCGCUGGGCAGCCGAGGUGGAAGUCGUUCAAGAGGAUGGGUUUGAUGAAAAGGCCGUUCCACAGACCCACAGGGCCGUUUUAAGUAUGCCCAGUGCCACCAGAGGAGCAGAGGCUGGGGAGUCGGUGGAACUGGGAGAGAACCAGAGCAUCACAGGAGACAGUGGGAUAGAUUCUCCACGGACCCGAGUGAGCCUGGCCUCCAGCAACACCGUCAUUCUCGAAGGCCUGAAGAGAAGAGGAUUUUUACAGAACUUGGAGAAACUGCAUUCUAAGAGCAGCGCCAUUCGCCCACAGAGUUCACUGCUGCAGCUCACGCCCGUCAUGAAUGUAUAAAUAUUGUUUUAUCUUUCCACACAGAUCAGCAUGGAGAAGCUGAAACCAGGUGCUUAAAUCUUCAACUGUUACAGUCUCUGCAAAUCACAAAGAUGUCAGUUCACACUGUGUAUCUUUUAAUUAUCGUUCUAAUACUGACUGCAGCGUCUAUGUACAGAUGUACAAUAUGUAUAUUUUUCUUUUACAAAAUCAUUUCAAAAUGAAUAUACCACAUUUUAUCCAUUCAUAGACUAUUACUGUGUUAAAUGUUUGAAAAAUUUUAUAUGAU